CACGGCUGUCGUGCCGGACCCGCGACACCAAAUAAAUAUAAGUGAGUGCCUUACCUCCUCUCAUAUUCGCAUCCGCAGCAUUUCGCAGUGACCGGCCACUCAAAACGGCCACAAUGUCCGAAUUACCAGGCUACUCGCCAUAUGGCGUCCCCCCCCCCGAGCCCGCCUCCUCCACCACAUCCCUCGCAACCUCCCUAGCAGCCUCCUCCCUCGCACUCCCCACCCCCUCAAUCCGCUCCACCACCCCCCCCGUCUUCCCCUCCCUCCCCCACUUCCCCGAUGACCAACCCCGCGAAAGCCUCGCCGGCCCCGUCAAAACCACCUCCCUCUCCGACAUGCAACACGACUACUUCCGCGUAACUCGCGUCACAAACACCACCUACAGCGUCGCCCUCACCACCGACCCCACCCCGCUCUACCGCGUCGAAGUCGACCCCCACAUCGCCGCCGACCCCGCCAUCCAAGUCUUCGACCUCUUCAACCCCCUCCCCCUCGCCACCGCCCGCCUCCACCCCGCCGUCGCAACCUCACAAUCAUGCACCCGCGACCCGGCGGGCGAUAACCCAAAAUGGCGGCCCAUGUCGCUGCUGCACUUCUCCAGCAUCCCACUGGUCGUCAUCCCGGGCAUGGCGCCGAUAGAGCGAUCGGUGCGCUGGCAGCAUACGACGAAGCAGUCUACGAAUCUGGAGCUGUGGAUGCGGGAUCCGCUUUUUGGGAUUUCGGCUGGGCCACCGCAGUCGACGAUGCCGAGGGAGAUGUUGCUGGCGCGGUAUGGGAUUGAGGGGGUGGGGUUUGUUGCGGAUAGGGUGUUGGAGAUUAGGAGGGGUGGGGGGAUGGAGUUCGAGUUGGUGGUUUUGGUGCAGGCUUUUGCAAUUUUGGAGGCGGAUAGGAGGAAGAAGGCGAGGAAGGGGGGGAAAUAGAUGUGGGCGUUAAGUUUGUGGAAGGGAAGUACUCGAGUAUAUAUACCCUUGUCGGGGAGUCUUCGUUGAUUUUCUGGAUAGUUAUCUCUCGUAUGUCGAGACAUACAGCGGUGGAAUUAGUGUCGUUUGUAUAUACGGAGAUCAUAAUGGUCACAACAGGCAUUAAUAGAUUUCGAUCAAUGAUUGAUUCAUGUUUAUGUCAUUGCUUUGCUACUACGCAACUUCUCAUCAACGCGCCAAAAUACCCAUAUUUUGUGUACGUUAUUUAUUUUUCCUAACCACGCGCCAUCCAAAUUACCAACGUUUUCU